AUUGAUUUCUUUCUCAGACAUUUUAUUCUUACUUCAACCGAAUCCAGCUGGCCAAAGCCAAAUCACAAUGCCGUGGAAGACAGCCCUUUCCGAAUUGGCCCAAGUCGUUCGAAACAACGUCGAAAAGGUCACGAAGAUUUUGCCGGACAACUUGACAACACGCAGUAAUGCUGUGAAAACAGUUGAUCUCCGUGUUGAUGUGCACCAGAGCUCCAAAGAUCCGAACAGGGCUGUGGCUAAGAUCCAAGCAAAUGCACAAGCCAAGGAUAGUGCGGUCAAGGAUUACAUCAAAUCAGGGAACAAAGGUGGUGGUCAUAAGGGAACGCACAAGAACAUCGCUGAGAUACCCUUCGAUCGUACCUCCUUUGAUGUCGAUGACUUCACAUCUAAGAUCGAAAAUGCGCGCAAAUAGCCCGAUCCACAGGGUCAACGAAAUCUUGAAAACUUACUGAUAAUAUUGGGACGCAUAUAACGAGAAAAUAACGAUACCGCGACGCCGAAUACUUAUAAUGUUACACCGAGACAAAAUAAGCAACUGAGAAGCGGUGGAUAUGGGAUCGUGAGGUGACUUGCAAAUACAAUCUUUGUUAUUACUACAAGAAACACAACAAUGGGGCAUUUGUAUGUAAUAGAGCUAGAUAACUUUGAAGUAGAAACGAG